CCUUAGGUAAAUCACGAUGCAGCACACGUCACGACAACAGUCCUUUUCAGCGUAGUGCUACUGGUCACAUUUUAAAACCUGUCAGCUAAAAUUCUCGAGCUGGGACAAUGCUCAUCGACAUUAUUCUCCCUCUCUUUCUCUUUCCUGCCCUCACGGCGCUCGAGGUGACAAAUAUUUUGCCCAGUUUACAAUUCCUUGGCCCAGCAAUCCGACCUUAUUGCAAGUCGGGCUCACCUUAUUUCAUUCCUCACACCAACAUCGCUUUCUUCGACACUCGGCUUUGCGGUGUAGUCUCUGUGUUCCAUGUCGUCAUGAAACCAGAGCUCAUGCCUUUCCUCGUCUACUUCCUCGCAACUAUGGCUCCAGUUGCCGUCCUCUAUCAAUCCUUCGAGUCUGCGAGAAAAGGCCGUCGGUUCACCACCAGUCAUUCAGCCCUCUUAUUCGGCACCCUUGGUCAGUUGGUAACAUUCGCAGCUGUGAUGCCGUUCUACUGGAUAUGCGAAAUCUUGUCGGGUCGCGCUGAGAGACAGAAGGGCGGGAAGGUCACUCAGGCGCAUGCAGAGGCGGCGGUCUUUGGACUUUUCGUGGGAUGGAUCAUCCCCACGGUGGUAAUGGUCGCCAUGCAGGAUCCCGGAAUUACAGGACUCUGGCAGUUCGCACCUAUCAUCGGCUUCAUCUCAGGCAGCGUCCAUCUCCUCUUCCGCCCUCCUACUGUGCACUCGCAGUCAGGCUUCCGUACCGUCCAAGCAGCCUAUAUCGGCGCGUUUCUCGUGGCAUCAUCCCUCCAUCUUUCCACUGUCUCCAAGUUCAAGUCGCUGGAUGACAUUCUCGCCUUCUUUCUCCCAGCAUCAUAUGCAAUAGCGCCGACCGAAGCUCUUUUGUGGCAUACCGCGAACCUCUUCCAAUGGGAUUUCGCUGUAGGAGCUGGGAGCUGUCUUCUUGGUGCUCUGUGGUUUGCUCGGAGCGUAUCGCAGUUGAUAGGGCUAGCAGCGUGGAUUGUGGUUGGCUCUGUGGCUGUUGGGCCUGGUGCAGCGUUUGCGGCCAUCGCGUUAUGGAGGGAGUCACGGCUGAGCGAGUCAUAUCAUUAUGAAGAGAGACGGAAAACAUUGUGAUAUCUAUAGAUAC